ACAAUAACAAUACGUACAAAAUCUACAACAAUUUCUUUAAAGUAAAGCCUCUACCCCUUUUCCGGUCUUCACUCACAAACCCUAAAUUUUUUUAAUUAUCUUCCAUCUCCCACUCAUUUCUUUGAUGCUGCUUUUCUUAAUUUCCCAUAUUUAUCUGUAGAUUUUGUGGAAGGGCAAAUCGGUAAUUAUAUGAAUUAUGUCGGGAUCUGAAACCGGAACCGUCAUGACGACGCCGUUUAGCAGCGUCGCCGGCCAUAAUUCUCCGUCGUCACAAAACAUGCGGCUUUCGUAUACCUCGGACGGCGCAGCCACUUACACGCCGCUUCCGAACGCACCUCCCCAGUAUCAGCUCCCCUCCGACCCCGCCGUCGAAGCGCCGCCCAUCACCGCCGUGCAGCCGCCGCAGCAGCAGAACAUGAAUGUGAAUGUGAUGGGUGAGGUUGUGAAGAAGAAGAGAGGGAGGCCCAGAAAGUAUGGGCCUGAUGGGUCAGUGGGCUUGUUGACCCACUCUUCUGCACCACCUGCUAAUUUUUCUGGUGGGCCCCUGUCAUCGCCGCCGCUGCAGUCCCCGCCGUCGCAGAAUGUUGUAGCUUCUGCCUCGGGAUCUUCACCCAAGAAAGGCAGGGGUAGACCACCUGGUUCCAAAAAGAAGCAGCAUUUGAAUAAUGCCUUGGAUUCUAACUUUGCAGCAUCACCAGGAAUUGGAUUCACUCCACACAUUAUUGAUGUCAAAGUUGGAGAGGAUGUAUCAUCGAAAAUAAUGGCAUUUUCUCAGAACGGUCCUAGGGCUGUAUGCAUUUUAUCAGCAAAUGGUGCCAUAUCGAAUGUAACUCUACAUCAGGCUGCAACUUCUGGUGGCACUGCAACAUAUGAGGGACGUUUUGAUAUUUUGUCCCUUUCUGGUUCAUUUUUGUUAUCUGAGGUAGGUGGUCAGCGAAGCAGGACAGGUGGAUUAAGUGUCUCUUUAUCUGGACCAGAUGGACGAGUUCUAGGUGGUUGUGUGGCAGGUCUUCUCACAGCUGCAUCCCCUGUUCAGGUUAUUGUUGGCAGUUUUAUUGUGGACGGACAAAAGGGAUCAAAAACAAUCAACCAGAUGGAACCUUUAUCUUCUCCACCACAGCUUAAUCCGGUCAGUGGUGCUCCUGGUCCUAACAGCCCACAGUCACGCGGAACUCUCAGUGAAUCAUCUGGUGGGCCUGGGAGCCCACUCAACCAGAACACAGGAGCAUUGAACAACAGUAAUUAUCAAGGAAUGUCAAGCAUGCCGUGGAAGUAAUCUUUCCUUUGAAUUCUCAGUGAUCAGGCAUGAGAUCACUGAUGACAGUUCUCUGGUGAUGUCAAACUGUAAGAAGUUUGUAAUGUUAGCUCCAAAUGUAUCUUAGCUGUGAAAAAAUAAUGUGCUCCAGUGAAUGACUUUGACUCAACUGGUGAGUGCCUAAUGAUCCGAAACGCUGCCGCAGCAGCUUAUGACUUAGAUUCUUGCUAGGACCAAUUGCAUAUUAGUAGUAUUAGAUUAGAUGGUCUUAACAAUUAAGCCCCAUGAUGUAGCUGUGUUUUUAAGCUGUUGUAUGUUUCAUUUAAGAUCCUUGCGUUAUUGCAUAGAUGAUAAUGUUGCAUGUUUUUUUAUAUCAAAUACCAGCGCCAGUAUUAUCUC